CCACGUCAUCAUGCGGACCCACGAGACCCGCACGGAGGGCGUGCUCGACUGCACAGGCGCGCUCACCGUCCUCGCUACAAAGCUCUCCGCUGUUGCGUAUAACUACCAGGACGGGCUCACGCUGCUCAAGGAGAAGGACGAAGGCGCGCAAGCUAAGGACGAGAAGGAGAGGAAGGAAUUAACGGAGGAGCAGAGGCGGCGGGAGGAGCGGAUGGAGCGUUCGCGAUUGGAGCGGCGAAACGCGGCGCUGGUUACCAUGCCGUCGGUGCUGGAGCUGAUGGGGUACCUGUUCUGCUUCGGGCUGCACAUAACAGGCCCGUUCUUUGAGUUCAAGGUGUACAAUGACUGGACGCGACGACAAGGGAUCUGGUCGCCGGGUUUCAAGCAGGCACCCAUCCUGCCGCCCUUCUGCCGCGCGUUCAUCCAGGGCGUCCUUGCAGCGACCGUCUUCCUGCUUGUGUCCCCCUCGCUUGACCUCACGCGCAUCAGCGACCUGCGCAAGAACCGCUCCUUCCCCUUCCACCUGCGCUGGCUCUACGCGCACCACGCCGGCGUCGUGUGGCGCUUCCGAGCGUACAUCCUCUGGAGCAUCACCGAGGCUGCCAUGAUCGUUGGUCGCCUGGGGUUCAGCGGCUGGGAGGCCCCCAAUGGGGAGACUGGAAAGGGCGGGGACGUGAAGACGUGUACAAGCGCAUGGUGCCGCCCGGCAGGAGGCCCACCUUCGUCCACAUGCUCGCCACCAUGCUCGUCAGCGCCGUCUCCCAUGUGCCUCACUCCUACUCCCCAUGCUUCUCUCCCCCACGGCUUGAAUUGGGGUGACUUCAUAUUUUUUGCCAAUUGGGCGCUUGCUGUUGCCAGCUCUAAAGCCAUCUACCAGCUCACUGCUGGAAUCGCCAAGGGCACCAACACCCACCGCAUUGUAACGCUUCUUCAUACCCUCUAUAGCAUCUUCGUCUGCAGCUACUUGGCCAGUGCCUUCUGC